UUUUGUAACUAUGUUUUUUUAAAUUUAAAUGUUGUCAGUAAAAAAACUAUACACUAUGUUUGAAAAAUAUGAAGACGUGGCUUUUAAAAAGCUAAAAUGCUUUUAUCUUUUUACUAUGAAAAAUACAUAAGUUAUGUCUUCUAAAAUGAGUCACACUCAAAUUGUGGUAUUAUGUUCUAUUGCAAAUUUUAUAAAUGCAGCUGAUCGUGUUAUUAUGCCAAUUGCAAUAAUACCAAUGACUAGUUAUUUCAAAUGGACAAUGCAUUGGCAAGGAUGGAUAUUAUCAGCAUUUGCUUUUGGCUAUUUAAGUAGUCAAGUUAUUGGAGCUUGUGCUGCUAAGAAAUUUGGUGGUAAAUUAAUUUUAUUAUUGUCAGUUUUUUUGUGGUCAAUAUCAACUGUCGCCACACCUUGGGUAUCUCAUAACACAUUCGCAUUGAUUUUAUGCAGAGUAAUAUCAGGAUUUGGUGAAGGAUUAGGAUUACCAACCAUAUUUCAUAUUUUUGCUAAUAAUAUAGCAAUAACAGAACGUUCAAGUGCAUUUGGUUACUUAGUGGCCGCAGGUUCUGUUGGCCAGACAGUUGCAACUGUGAUAUGCCCACAUUUAAUGUGGCAAACUAGUUUUUAUUUAUUUGGUUCAAUUGGUAUUGUUUGGUCACUUAUAUGGAUUUCAUUAUAUUCAGAAAAAGAUUAUGGAAAAAAUGAUGAGCUUCCAUUAAUUAUUAUUCCUCAAUAUUCUAGUAUACAUUGGAGAAAAUUUUUUAUAUAUUGGCCUUUAUGGGCGAUAUAUAUAGCUCACUUUACAAUGAAUUGGUCCAACUACAUAAUAAUGCAUUGGUUACCUACUUAUUUGCGUUACCUUGGUGCUAAUUCACAUAGUAUUAGUUUAACAGCUGUUCCAUAUAUAUUCAAUUCAGUGUUUGGUAUUGUUGCAGGAAAUUAUGCAGAUAAACUAAUUUAUGGCAGAUGGUCAGUAUUAACUGUUCGAAGGCUUAUGACUACUAUAGGUCUAGUGGGACCAGCAAUAUUUCUAAUUCUAUUUUGUACAGUGAAUAGCUUAGAAGCAGCCAUAAUAUUUAUUUCUAUAUCAAUGGGACUAUGUGCAUGUAAUUCAGCUGGGCAUUUAAGUAAUCAUUCUGAAGUGGCUCCUAAUCAUGCUGGCAUUACUUUUUCAGUAUCCAAUACUCUGGCUACCAUACCAGGAAUACUAUCUGGUCCUCUGACGGCAGAACUUGUGACUGCAUCUCAUGGCCGUUGGUUUCCAGUUUUCAUUUUAGCGGCUGCUUUAAAUUUUACUGGCGCAAUUAUUUAUUGUAGCCAAAGUUCAACGUCUCAAAUAUUAUAAUUGACAAAUUUGUA